AUGAUGAAUACAAUGAUAGCUGGGUUUGUCUGCAUAUUCAUAUGCUUAAUUGGAAUAAAUGCUAAUACAGUUCCAACUACAAAACCACAUCCUGUCACUGUAAAAAAUUCUACACCAGUCCAUCAUGAAGAAGAAUCAUUUUUUAAGCGUACGUGGCAUAAAUUUACUUCCAUGUUUGGAUCUUCAGACAGCGACCCUAAAACGAAUGAAAAUCCACAUAUAAGUACCGUUAAGGUUGAAAGUCUCUCGCUUAAAGAAAGGAUUGUCAAUAAAUUCAACAGUAUUUUUGGAGAAGAAGAAUACAAUCCAUCUAAAGACAGUGAUUUCGUUGAUAGAUUAUGGAUGUUAUUCAAACAUUGUUUCUUGAAUUUCAAAAAUCUCGCCAAAAUAUUCUCCACUUAAAUAAAACAAAAACAAAAAUCAAUAAAUCGAUUUGUUAUUUGUAAUCACAAAUCAAAACGCAAAGAAAACAGAAUCGAUUAAAUGAAAUAAAGAACAACAACAACAACAACAAAAAAUAAAAAAAAGUUAUUAUGUAACUGAAUUUCUCUUUUCUUCUUCUUCUUCUUUGUUUUUACUUUUAAA